AGACGAGAAAACAAAAAAAAAUUAUGAAUUGUGAGAUGUAAUACAAUAUUCAUACCGUAUUGUACCGAAUUAGGAUUAUAUGUGAUAUAAUUAUAAAACCAUUAAAGACCUAACAAUCCCUUUCGAAAAGAAAAAAACAAAAAUUGAAAGACCCAAAAUUUGUAUAUUUUCCCUAGGAUUGAUGCGUGAGUGCAGAGACAGGUUGAUGCAAAAUAAUUCCAAUCAAGAAGUAAGCCAUUGAGAAGGGGUCAAAACGGUAUCUAACUUCCAACCAAUCCUAGGCUGUCUCAUAUGUCCAAAGUCCCCUCGAAUCCUGGUUUGCAACUACGUGACGACCUUCACGAACUCACCACCUCUCCCUCUCCCUCUCUCUCUUUUAUAUUCACAAUUCCGGAUCACCACAUGACUAUUUCCUUCCCUCAUUCAACUUCCCUCCCAAACAACGAACAACCCAUCUCUCUCUUUUCUUGCUGUCUUUUCUUCUCACAAGGGUAAUCUUUUUUGGGUAUUCGCCAUUUUUUUUUUUUUUUUUUGGUUCUUAUUCAUCUUUCUGAGAUUCUUUGACCCAAGUCUCUCUCCAAUCUUGUCAGAAGUAAUUUUAUUUUAUAUUUUUGGUUAACCCUUUUUCUUUUGUUGUUGUUUUCAUAAGGGAAAUUCUUUCGUACUGUGUGUUCUUUUCCUUUUUGUGUUCUUGUUAGUUCUGUUAUUCCUCUGAUACAAUUGGGUGAGCCUAUUCUUGGUAUGAACAUUUGAAUGGACUGUUCUUGCUGAUGUCUUUGGCUGUUGUUGGAGUUGUUUCAAGUUCCAAAGACAUGGGGUUCGACAAAAACAAGGACGAUCCUGAAAAGGACAGUACUAGAGUAUCAGAAUCUCCUACAGAGAAGCUUAAUCAACAAGGUGAGAAGUUCGGCAGACAGAUGAGUGAGGGGUCUAUAUAUGCAACUGAGGAUGAGGAUGAAGAAGAUGUGGAAGGCAAUCUAGUUUUGGGUCCUCAGUACACACUUAAAGAACAAAUUGAGAAGGAUAAGGAUGAUGAGAGCUUGAGGAGGUGGAAGGAACAACUUCUUGGGAGUGUGGACUUUAAUUCUGUUGGAGAAACUCUAGAACCAGAUGUUAAGAUUGUGAGCCUUGCAAUUAAAUCCCCUGGUAGACCUGAUAUCUUUCUUCCAAUUCCCGAGUGUGGAAAUCCCAAAGGCUUGUGGUUUACUUUGAAAGAAGGUAGCCGUUACAGCUUGAAGUUCACAUUUCAGGUCUGCAACAACAUCGUAUCAGGCUUCAAAUACACCAACACAGUUUGGAAAACUGGCGUCAAGGUGGACAGCGCAAAAGAAAUGCUUGGAACCUUCAGUCCUCAGCUGGAACCUUACACACAUGAAAUGCCAGAAGAAACAACCCCAUCUGGUUUUUUUGCUAGAGGAUCAUAUUCAGCUAGAUCAAAGUUUCUUGAUGAUGACAACAAGUGCUACUUGGAGAUCAACUACACCUUUGAUAUCCGGAAAGAAUGGCAGGAACUUUGAAUUAUACUUUAGUGUUACUCUUUUGCCAUAGAGCAUAUCUCAUUUCACUCUCUUAUUUGUGCCAAAACUAUUAAAGAGUGUAAUGCAAUAGCAGCAACUAUAUGUUCAAAUUUGUUGGAUGUUCUUCGAUAAAUUUGAUUUGGCAUGUCUUGCUACUUUGUUCGUUA